GCCCGGAACCGCCAUGACCUCCAUCUCCCCGCCCUCCAGCCCUGCUCUCAUGGCUGCGCUGCUGGCCUUGCUAUUAAGCGGCCCCACACUGGCCUCUGAGAUUGUGGGUGGCCGGCCGGCCAGGCCCCACGCAUGGCCCUUCAUGGUGUCCCUGCAGCAGCGUGGGGGCCACUUCUGCGGGGGGACCCUGAUUGCCCCCAACUUCGUCUUGUCUGCGGCACACUGCGUGAAUGGCAGGAACGCCCAGUCGGUGUCUGCCGUGCUGGGCGCUCACAACCUGCGGCAGGCAGAGCGCGCCACCCGGCAGACGUUCAGGGUGCAGCGUGUGUUCGAGAACGGCUACGACCCCACGCGCCUGCUGAACGACAUCGUGGUUCUCCAGGUGCCUGCAGGGAAGAGACAG